UGCACCUCGGUCUUCCUCCUUCUCUUCCGGUCCCAGGAGUUUGGGAGUUGCGGGCUUGGCUCAGGGCGGCAGACGGAGGCCCAGCCCGGCGAGCCCCCCGCCCUGAUCUCCACUCUGUUCCUCCAGGUGCAGACAUGGCCAAGUCCAAGAACCACACCACGCACAACCAGUCCCGAAAAUGGCACAGAAACGGCAUCAAGAAACCCCGAUCACAAAGAUACGAAUCUCUCAAGGGGGUGGACCCCAAGUUCCUGAGGAACAUGCGCUUUGCCAAGAAGCAUAACAAGAAGGGCCUGAAGAAGAUGCAGGCCAACAACGCCAAGGCCUUGAGUGCACGGGCUGAGGCCAUCAAGGCCCUCGGAAAGCCCAAGGAGGUCAAGCCCAAGAUCCCAAAGGGCGGCAGCCGCAAGCUCAGUCGACUUGCCUACAUUGCCCACCCCAAGCUUGGGAAACAUGCUCGAGCCCGCAUCGCCAAGGGUCUCCGGCUCUGCCGGCCAAAAGCCAAGGGCAAGGCUCAAACCAAGGCCCCAGCUGGUCCUGCAGCUGCAGCUCCGCCUCCAGCUCAGGCCCCGGCUCCCAAAGGUGCCCAGGCUGCCACGAAGGCUCCAGAGUAGAGGCCUCUGUCUGCCGAUGGAGGACGGAGAGACUGGGGGACCCUGGGCUGCUGUCUGCGUGGGGCUAGUGUCCUCCUGUGUUACCAGGACCAAUAAAGCUGAGGCAGGAUCUGGCAAUCA